GACCUAGCACAUCUGUCAUAAUCCAAACAAAGGCUAUAAUAGUAUGUGCAGGUACAGAUGCACUUUCAGGGAAGGUCAGGCUUUUCCGCUCUCCCUCUUGAUUGCAUGGUCUGUUCACAUUUGCUGUAUGGAAAGUCAUGGUGUUGCUUUAACUUCUUUUUAGCUAUGGCCAAUUGAUGGUGGCACCAGUUUGGCUCCAGAUCCUCCCCAGAGGGACCUGCUUCUUACAGGGCAUGAGGAUGGCACUGUGAGGUUUUGGGAUGCUUCGGGCGUUUGUUUGCACCUCCUUUAUAAGCUGAGCACAGUGAGAGUGUUCCUCACAGAUGUAGAUCCCAAUGACAAUAUGAACCCACUGGGUGAAGAUGAGUGGCCACCGCUGCGUAAGGUUGGUUCUUUUGAUCCUUAUAGCGAUGACCCCAGGCUUGGGAUCCAGAAGAUAUAUCUGUGUAAAUAUAGCGGGUACUUGGCCGUAGCUGGUACAGCAGGGCAGGUGCUGUUGAUGGAACUGAAUGAUGAAGCAGCAGAGCAUGUGGUGGAUUAUGCUGAAGCAGACCUACUGCAGGACCAAGAGGGCUAUAGGUGGAAAGGUCAUGAGAGACUAAAGGCCCGAGAUGGGCCUGUCCGAUUUGAACCUGGCUUCCAACCAUUUAUUUUGGUCCAGUGUCAGCCACCAGCAGUAGUCACAUCACUGGCCCUUCACUCUGAAUGGAAGCUUGUGGCUUGUGGUACAAGCCAUGGCUUUGGGCUCUUUGACCACCAGCAGAAACGGCUAGUCUUUGUCAAAUGUACAUUGCAUCCCAGUGACCAGCUGGCCUUGGAAGGCCCUCUGUCACGUGUGAAAUCCUUGAAGAAGUCCCUCCGGCAGUCAUUCAGGCGGAUUCGUAGAAGCAGGGUGUCCAGCAGGAAGCGACGAGCCGGUAAUGUAGCAGAGGUGCAAGAGGCCAAUGCCAAGUUCGACCAGGCUGCAUUGCAGGAGAUGGAGCUGGCUCCAGUCCAGCGGAAGAUAGAAGCACGAUCUGCAGAAGACUCCUUCACUGGCUUUGUGCGCACCUUGUACUUUGCUGACACUUUCUUGAGAGACAGUUCCCGCCACUGCCCUUCCUUGUGGGCAGGCACCAAUGGAGGCACAGUCUAUGCAUUCUCUCUGCGUGUUCCUCCAGCAGAGCGGAGGAUGGAUGAACCUGUGAGGGCGGAGCAGGCCAAGGAAAUUCAGCUGAUGCACAGGGCUCCUAUUGUGGGGAUACUUGUCCUAGAUGGGCGCAGCGCUCCUCUCCCAGAGCCACUAGAAGUAGCCCAUGACCUCUCAAAGAGCCCAGAUAUGCAAGGCAGCCACCAACUUCUUGUGGUCUCUGAAGAGCAGCUGAAGGUAUUCACACUGCCCAAGGUGAGCUCCAAACUGAAGCUCAAGCUGACGGCCCUGGAAGGCUGUAGGGUACGAAAGAUGGCAGUCGCUAACUUUGGCAGCUGCCAAACUGAUGACUACAGUGAAAACAACCUGACCGUCCUAACUAACCUUGGAGACAUUCAGAUCAUCUCUCUGCCCUUCCUCAAGUUACAGACACGCUACCCCUGCAUCCGCAAGGAGGAUGUCAGCGGUAUUGCCUCCUGCGUCUUCACUAAGUAUGGCCAAGGUUUCUAUCUGAUCUCACCAUCAGAGUUUGAGAGGUUCUCUCUUUCUACCAAAUGGUUGGUUGAGCCCCGGUGCAUCAUUGAUGCUCCAGAAAUUACAAGCAACAGCCACUUGCAUAACACCUCUGGCAUGGAGCAUACUGGAAGAAAAUCCAGGGACCUGGGCAGGAGUUCUGGUGACACUGGAGAAGAUGAGAGGAAGUCAGGGAGGCUGAUGGAACAUGCCUUACUAAAUGAUGAAAAAGUGCUGAAGGAGAUCCAGAGCACACUGGAGGGGGGAAGAAGGAGUUAUACAGAAAGAAAUUCGGCAAGAAGUCCCGUAGGACAUGGGCUAAGUAAUGGAGGAGCGGAUUGACCAGAGUUCAUCGAGGACUUUUUGGCAUUGGUGCACGUGCCACAACACUACUGACUGGGGAAGCCGUCCCUGGGGGAGGGGGCCACCACUGCUCUCUGCACAGAAGGACACAGAGGUGUGACUCACUCAUGCAAGCCUGCCUCUGCCGCUCCCUGUAGUGCCUCACUAGAGACAUUUCCUCCUGUCAGUUGGCCUUACAUGCAGGCCAAAAGCAGGUCUCUGGGUCUGACCUCCCCUCCCCAUCCCAAGCUCCCCUGUGUAUGUCUAACUUUUUCUUUUUUUUUCAAAUGUUUGCACAAUUUUCUUCUUUUCUACUGGGCUGGGUUUUAAAUUAUGACUGCCUUGGGUGCAGAGUUUUCACACGCGCACAUGGUUACCUCCAAGUAGUGGAAGAUUAUUUUUUGUACAAUUUUUUUAAUCGGAUUGGUGGUUCAGUUUUAAAGGAAACUUAUUUUAGAAAUGUCCUUUUUAAAGAACAUGAAUUUAAUUGAUGUUUUUAAUCCCUGUGGCUGCUGGAACUGGUCUCUGGAGGUACUCCGGUUCUGUUUGUUAUGGUACUGCUAACCGUUUUUAUGGACUUGGGUAGACUAUUUUUGUAGCCGUUCAAAUUGGAGGAAAAUUUUAAUUGAACUUGAUUUUGUUUCAACACUACAUUGCUCUUUUUGAAAUAAACUCAACUACCUUUGUGGUCAAGGUC